AUUUCAUUUAUUAUUUUAACUCCUCAUGUCUCUCUGUGUUGACAUUACCGUUACACGCCUCCGGUACCACGUUGUUUUAUAUUAAACGUAAAUUAUGUUUGUGAAGUAGGUUAACGGUUAGUGAUGUCCAUGUUGUGCUGCGAGCUUCGGAUAAACAGUAAAACUAAACAAACGUAGCGGACAAACACGUCCCGAAAGAAGUUUCAACAUCGCUGUCACCAUCAGCCGAACCACUGUAAAGUGACAGCUGACCAGUGAAUGAAAAGAACCCUCCCAGAACCAGGAUGUUGUCUUUGGCCAUGUUAGGCCAAACUGGAGCCCGACAAGUUGUGACCGGGACUCGAGGGAGAUUUAUGAGAGACAGCAGGUGCCUGUUUACCUGUUUGCCAGAAUGUCAGUUUGUCCCAAGGACGAGACACAUGGGCCCUUCCGUUUCCUGCUCUUCCUCCUCCAACCAUUACAGAUGCUUCAGUGCCACAGCUGCUCACUGGAACUCUUCAAUGUCACCUGCAGCCAAUCAGAAAACGCCGUCAUACAGUUAUAUCAUUGUUGGAGCGGGGUCAGCGGGCUGCGUCCUAGCUAACCGCCUUACAGAGGAUGACCAUGAGUCUGUGCUGCUGCUGGAGGCAGGGCCUAAAGACAUGUUGCUUGGCAGCACACGACUCUCAUGGAAGAUACACAUGCCAGCUGCAUUGACCUACAACCUCUGUGAUGAAAAGUAUAACUGGUACUACCACACUUUACCUCAGGCCCAUAUGGACAACCGGGUGAUGUACUGGCCAAGGGGGCGUGUCUGGGGUGGGUCCUCUUCACUCAAUGCCAUGGUGUACAUCCGCGGGCAUGCCGAAGAUUACAACCGCUGGCAGAGAGAAGGGGCAGAGGGCUGGGAUUACGAACACUGUCUGCCUUAUUUCAAGAAAGCUCAGUGUCAUGAGCUGGGAGAAGACAGGUACCGGGGAGGCAGCGGACCUCUUCAUGUGUCCCGAGGGAAGACCAGCCACCCCCUCCAUAAGGCUUUUAUUGAGGCGGGGCAGCAGGCAGGAUACCCCUUCACUGAUGACAUGAACGGAUACCAACAGGAAGGACUGGGCUGGAUGGACAUGACCAUUUAUAAAGGGAAGAGGUGGAGCACAGCCAGUGCCUACCUGAGACCGGUCCUGGGUCGACCAAACCUGAAGACAGAGGUGCACUGCCUGACCACCAAGAUCCUGUUUGAUGGCAACCGUGCUGUGGGCGUGGAGUACACACAGAAAGGACAAAAGAAAAGGGUGUUUGCAGACAAAGAAGUGAUAUUGAGCGGAGGUGCCAUCAACUCCCCUCACCUUCUCAUGCUGUCUGGCGUGGGAAAUGCUGAUGACCUGAAACAGCUUGGCAUCCCCGUGGUCCAACACUUACCAGGUGUUGGCAGUAACCUGCAGGAUCAUUUGGAGCUGUACGUCCAGCAGCAGUGCACUCAGCCCAUCACCCUGUACAAGGCCCAGAAACCCUUCCACAUGGUGAAGAUAGGCCUAGAGUGGCUCACCCUGUUCACUGGCUACGGAGCAACAGCCCACUUGGAGAGCGGAGGGUUCAUCCGCAGUAGGCCACACGUGUCACACCCUGACAUCCAGUUUCACUUCCUGCCCUCGCAAGUCAUCGACCACGGACGAGUUGCCUCCAAGAUAGAGGCGUAUCAGGUUCAUGUGGGACCAAUGAGAAGCACUAGUAUCGGCUGGAUGAAGUUGAAGAGCACCAACCCUCUGGACCACCCAAUUCUCCAGCCAAACUAUCUGUCCACUGACAUUGAUGUCUGGGAGUUCAGAGAGAGUGUUAAACUCUCCAGAGAGAUUUUUGCCCAGAAGGCCUUCGACUUGUUCCGUGGUCCCGAAGUCCAGCCUGGUCCUCAGGUCCAAUCCGACGCUGACAUUGAUGCCUUUGUCCGCCAAAAGGCCGACAGCGCCUACCACCCCUCCUGCACCUGCAAGAUGGGCGCACCUUCUGACCCGAUGGCGGUCGUCGACUCGAACACACGCGUUCUGGGUCUCGAGAGGCUCCGUGUGGUCGACGCCUCCAUCAUGCCCAGCGUUGUUAGCGGCAACCUGAACGCUCCGACCAUCAUGAUGGCUGAGAAAGCUGCUGACAUCAUCAGAUGUCGCCCUCCUCUUGUAGACCCAGGAGUUCCAGUGUACCAACCGCCGACACUCGACACGCAGAGAUGAGAGAGAGAACGAGGUGAUGGAGGAGAGGCAGAACAGCCUGAACCGUUCAGCAAACAAGUAAAGGGUACGUGUUUUAAGGGAGAUGAAAGGAGACCGUAUCCCUCUUGUUUGCAACUAUUUGCAUCCACGUCUCCAUGGUAACUAAACAGAUACUGGUGAUCCACAAUCAGUUAUUAGGCAACAGUAAACAUGUUAUUGUGUGUGAUUGGAAGCUGAUCAUUGAUCUGUUAUUGUAACUUAAUGUGAGUCUGCUGUCUUAUUGUAAACAUGGUAACAUAUCAGGGUUAGAUGUGGUUAGCAGUCAGUAAGUUAACAAUGAUAAUGAAGGUCUAUGUGAUCUAAAUUUGCCUUGAAUACAGUUAAUUUUAGCAGUUUAUAUGUCGUGGUGCGACUGUUUUAAUCAGGCAGCAGUGGUUCUGUCACUUCCUUAUAUUUUUCAAUUAUGAUUUUGGUUUUAUUUGACACUCUAAAUUACAUGUCGUCAGUAAUCUUAAAUCUAAUGUGAUGAAACAUGCAGACACCCUGAUAAUGGUUUCCUCCCCUGUGUUGUUAUUGAGCAUUUAAUGACUAAAACCAGUUGUUUGCUCAGGUUUACAAAGUCAGAUUGUACUUUAAACUGUGGGACCAAGGGAGCCAAUGCUUAAGAUCAACAAAUUUGCCAACAAAUCUACUUUGCUUGACACUACAAACUUACUCCUGCCUCAUGGUUCUAAACGUAAACAUGUCUGCUGUCAGCUGUGUGCUGGCACUUCAUGAUGGUUUGUAGGGAAGACGCUAGGCGCCUGCAAAGUCACUGUGGAUGAAAUGGAAAAUUGUUCAUCUGAAAAUUUGGCCUAGUAUUACCUUUUUAAUAUGAACAAUUUACCAACUGUGGCAUUUUUGUGUUUGUUUGCGCUCUGAAGUUAAAAAAAACUAUACAGCUGCACAUGACCAUGGUGAAUUUAAGCCUUAUAAAUAUCUAAAUUAUGCCCUGUAUGUGAACUUUUAUGUAAUGCCUACAACAGUCUGACCUAAAUAUUGCAUUCAGCCUCCUUCAUUCCUGUAAAACUAACAUUGCUUUGAUAACAUUUCAACCACAUACUUUAA